UUCUAUUCAAAUACGGCCCAGUGCUCUCUUAUGUCCUGGAUCUGCGCUGGAAAUCUAAUGGAAUAGUUUCAUUUAUGUUCAAAUUAUUUCGCCCUUAAUUAAACAUGAUUAUAAGGACAUUAUCACUUAGCUAAAGAGGUUUCAAUGAUUAGGGGAAAUUAAUGAAGCAAGCUUACGUCAACGACAAUAGUUGGUCACUUAUGCUUUAUUUGAAGCAAUAAAGUUAAGCACUUUAGACAGAUGUUUUAUAAAAUAUAUAUGACCAUUUCUGAUCACCUUUAUCUCUCACUAAUACUUAUGUUGUUUUUAUCAAAUGAUACGUUGGACUAAAGGCAAACAAGAAAUUAAAGACAAUGCACUUAUGUCCCUACCGGCAAAAGAAACCCAUCAAAUUAGGACACUUCUUCUUUGUCAAAAAAAAAAAAAAAACAAAAAAAAAACAAAAAAACAAACAAAAUAGGACACUUCUUCGCUUCCUUUGCAUAAAGCCAUAAACUAAACGCACUUCCUAAAAUCCAUACGCACUAACAAGGGAACGACAACUAUACCAACUAUAAAGGGGAAGAGCUAGGAAAACAAAUAGUGAGCCAAAAGAACAGGUUUGGAGCAGCGAAGAUCAUGGCGAUAUAGUUGUUGCUGCUUUGAAAUAAUUAUGGCAAUGGUUUAGCGAAAUUAAAUAUGACAAAAAUCAAAAUUCAACAUAGUUGUUGGUGUUUUUACUUCUUAGUACUGCGCUGAAUCAUAUCACCUAACUACCUAUGUCCUCAGAAAGUUGAAGUCCAACUUAAAAUCUUUUCCUCCUCUACCACUAUUUCAUAAUACUUUAACAUCUUUUCAAUUAUCUCCAACUCUUGAGAUAAAUUGUACAACAAAGGAAAGAUCAAGAAGUGAUUGAUGGAGGCUGACGUGUUGUUGAACUCUUUACAAUUUGUUUUUAGUUAAAUCAUACUUACGAGAUCCGAAUCAAUGACCUCCAAUUUGAAAAUAAGUGAUAUUACUACUCGAUCAUAUUCUUUUUCGCAAGCUCAACUCCCCCAUUUAAAGAGGUCCCUUUUGUCUUAUAGUAUAUGCAAAUAGCCCAUCAUCCAUCUCUCAAUUCCUCAAGAUCUGACUUUCUAUAUUAUCAUUCAUUCAUGGCACUUCAAUUCCCUGAUUACCGGCCCAUCCCACCCCAUCCCAUGCCAUGCCAACCUAGUUCAUGUGAUACAUCCCCCAUAGCGAGUUCGAUGGGAUUCGCUUGCUGUACCUCCUAGUCCUAGCCAGCUCUCUCCUAUUUAUAACAAAGAGAAACCCAAGUUGUAAAACAUAAAACUCGAGCCAGUUUUUGUUCUACGUACUUCCGCAAGAAAAUAUGCCACUUCUACUCUUGCUAAUAACGUCCUUCCUCUCACUACUUCUUCUUUACACCAUCAUCACGAUCAGGAAGAAGUCCUCAUCGUCGUCGCUCCCAAACUGGCCCUUCUUGGGAAUGCUUCCAUCCCUCCUGUGGAACCUCUCCAACCUCCACGAUUUCGCCACCCGAACCCUGAAAGCCCAUGGUGGAACCUUCGCCUUCAAAGGACCUUCCUUCACCAACCUCGACUUCAUCGUCACAAGCGACCCCGCCAACGUCCACCACAUCGUCACCAAGAACUUCUCCAACUACCCCAAGGGACCCGAGCUCAAGGCCAUCAUGGAUCCAUUCGGAGACGUCAUAUUCAACACCGACGGCGAUUCCUGGAAGAUGAAGAAGGAUAUCAUCCUCUCCCUCAUCAAAACCGCCGGAUUCGAGCGGCUUCUCAUGACAACCCUCCGUCACAAGCUGGCCGACAGCCUCAUCCCGGUACUCGACCACGCCGCGAGAAAUCAUGAUGUUGUUCUUGACUUGCAAGAUGUGAUGAAGCGGUUCACGUUCGACCUCACUUGUUUGCUCCUCCUGGGGAUCGACACGGAGUGCCUGUCGACGAGUUUUGCUCGUGUUCCAUGUGCGGAGGCGUUUGAUGUGAUAGAAGAGGCCAUCGUUUACCGCCAUUGUGUCCCGCCGUGGGUUUGGAAGUUGCAAAGAUGGUUUCACGUCGGGUGGGAAGGGAGGACGAUCGAAGCUGAGGAAUGUCUCAACGGGUUUCUGGAGGAAAGGAUCAGAGUGAAGAUGGAGGAGAAACGGGCCAAGGAGAGUAGUGGUAAUGAUGAUGGUGAUGAUAAUUAUGACUUGUUGAUGAAGCUUAUAGUUGAGGCAGAGCGAUUGAUGGGGAGUGGUUGUUGUUUUAGCCGUAAGGGAGAGAAGUUUGUGAGGGAGACUGUGGUUAGCUUGAUGGUGGCCGGGAGAGACACCAUUGCUGUCGCUCUGAGUUGGUUCUUUUGGCUCGUGGCGACCAACCCAGGCGUGGAGGAGAAGAUCCUCGAAGAAUUGGACCGACUCGUCAUUACUCAAACAGGUGAAGAACAAGGGAUCUUUUCAAGCAUAGAAGAGUUGAACAAAAUGGUGUACCUCCAUGGGGCCAUAAGCGAGACUCUGAGGUUAUACCCUUCGGUGCCGAACGAGCCGAAGCAAUCCAUGGAAGCCGACGUGCUUCCCAGCGGCCAUGCUGUCGGCAAGAACACUAGGAUUUUGAUAUCCAUUUACUCGAUGGGUAGGAUGGAAGAGGUAUGGGGUAAGGAUGGGAUGGAGUUCAAACCCGAGAGGUGGAUUUCAGAAAUGAGAGAAGGGAACAACAUCAUCAAUGAUGAUGAUGCUGACAAGAAGAAGAUCUGUACCAUUCACGUGCCAUCCUACAAGUUUGCAGCGUUUAUGGCGGGGCCAAGGUCGUGCCCAGGGAGAAAAAUAGCAUUCAUGCAGUUGAAAUACAUAGCAAGCUGUGUUCUACGCAAGUAUAAGAUUGUUGUGGUGGACGAUCAUCCCGUCCUUCCGCUGCCUUCUAUCAUGAUGUUCAUGAAAUAUGGUCUCAAGGUUAGGGUUUCGAGCAGGAAACCAGAGAAUAAGUAGUGCUGGCCCUUCUUCCUGUAUAGAUGAAACCAUAAAAGACACCAUAAGUUAAUGUGGCGAGUAGUCACUAAUAUAUGUGUACGUAACUCAAUGUAACUUUUAUUUUUUGAUGAAUAUAUGCACCUUACUUUGUUCAUAUAUAGCCGUACAUAUGCCAUGCAUGCAUGUACGUGUAAGAAUAAGUGUUGAGGGCAUACAAAAUGCGCUUUGGUUACACUAAUGAAUUUCUAUAUGCCUU